GGUUGCACAGGUCAAUAUAAGAUGCUAAACAUCUCUAAGCUUCAAGAUCCUAUGUUUCCUGAAUCUUCUGGGCUGGAAAAUCAAACUGGAAUAACAGAGUUUAUCUUGUUGGGACUCUCCAAUGAUCAACACAUAGAGGAUUUUUUUCUCUUUUUAUUUAUGAUAAUUUUUUUAGUCACCAUCCUUGGAAAUACAACUGUUAUAUUAGUGGUCAGGACUGAACUUUGCCUUCAGACCCCCAUGUUCUUCUUUCUUAGCCAUUUAGCUUUUGUUGACAUCUGCUAUUCCUCAGUCACUGUUCCCAAGAUGCUAAGAAAUUUUAUUACAAAACAGAAAACCAUUUCCUGGGAAGGAUGCAUUGCACAGAUUUUCUUCUUUAUACAAACCUGUUGCACAGAACUGUUCAUUCUUUCGGGAAUGGGAUAUGAUCGUUAUGUGGCCAUAUGUGAUCCACUUCAUUACAGCAAAUACUUGACAAAAGAGAUAUGCAGUAAAAUGGUGGGUGGAGCCUGGAUUCUAGGUUCCUUAUGUGCUAUAGGGAAUGUUCUGCCUUUGCUAAACCUCAAGUUUUGCAGCAACAAUAUAAUCAGACACUAUAAUUGUGAGCUUCCUUCACUCUUGGCCUUGUCGUGUGCUGAAACUCUCACUAAUUACAUUGUUCUUCUAAUAUUUGUGUUUAUGUUUGGUUUUAGCUCAUUUCUUUUCACUCUGAUUUCUUAUGUUAAUAUUAUUUCAACCAUCCUGAAAAUUAAACUUGCAGAAGGCAGGCAGAAACUCUUUUCCACAUGCAGUUCACAUGUCAUCGUUGUGGGGUUGUUUUACAUUACAGCUUUUGUUCGCUAUAUGAAGCCAAGUUCAGAAUCAUUUAUCAAUCUGGACAAAGUGAUCUCUAUUCAGUAUAGCAUUUUAACACCCAUGUUAAAUCCAAUCAUAUACAGUCUGAAAAACAAAGAGAUCAAUUCUAGUGUAAAAAAACUAUUUGGAAACUGUAGGUUCAUUUUUUAGUCAUGAAAAAGUAUUGGCUGCUCUUCUUAAAAUCCCAACAGCUCCAACAAUGAAAAGAAUAAGAAGUAAUGAGGCAGCUGGAAUGACUGUUGCUACUUCCCCAAGUCCUCAACAUUAGAAUUAUGUUCUGAUAUGAAGGUAUGAGGAUUUCAUGUUGCACCCUGCUGUAAUAGUAAGGAAUAAUUCAAAGGAAGCAAAGUGAUGUCACACUGAUAUCCAUCUGAGUCCACUUUUUUAAAGAAUCAAGAAAAUAUCCACUGUGGUUUUAUUUUUUGUUGCCAUAUUACUGUAAUAGUAAUUUUAUUAGCUGUUUAUGUAAAUGAUGGGUACCAUACUUUUUUUUCAUUUUAGUCUCUCAGGAUAGUUAUCAUUAUGUAUCUAUUGGAUCUGAAACCAAUCCAUUAUUCCUCCAAAGCAUGUACAUAAAGAGCAUAAAUAAUAAUC